UAUGGCUGCAUCUAAGAAAAGUUCAGAUGGAUAUCAUAAGGAGGUUUUCUCUUCACCUGCAGUUAGCCAACUCAUUCCUUACUUAAGAGAGAUACAGAAUCUACUCACAGAAUUCUCUGAUUCAGAAUCAAUUGCAGAGUUUCAGUUAAAACUCGGUGAAUUUGAGUUACAUGUGAUGAGGAACUUGAAUGGGAAAAGCACGCCACCUCCUCCAGUAACUGCACCUGUCACUGUCACCGUCUCUCCAGUUGCUGAAGCACCUAACUCAUACACUUCAAUUUCAACAACAUCCUUAGCCCUUGGUAAACCAUUAGUGACCCCUCGUGAAAAAGAUGCAUUGCUUGCUAGAGCUGCAGAGGAAGGUUUUGUUGUAAUUCAGUCCCCUCGAGUUGGCUUUUUUAGGAGAUCUCGUACUCUUAAAGGAAAGAGAGGUCCACCAUCUUGUAAAGAGAAUCAAGUAGUCAAUGAGGGCCAAGUUCUCUGCUACGUUGAUCAGCUUGGUGGGGAGAUGCCUGUUGAGGCUGAUGUAUCGGGAGAAGUUGUCAGCAUAUUGCUGGAAGAUGGAGCUCCUAUUGGAUAUGGCGAUCCCUUGAUUGUCAUUUUGCCUUCUUUCCAUGGCGUUGAAGAGCUUCCAUAGAUUAUCUGUUGUAGCCUAAACCUUAGUAUGUACCAUACCUUAUUAUGCUUAUUUUUUAUUUUGAAGAAAGUAGAUAGAUUGUAAAGGGAAUUGGUCAGAAUAUAAUGUAGAUCCAUCCUGCAACUAAUUUAGUCUCUCUCUUGUAUUGUUUUUCUUUACAAAUUAUAACUCAGUGAA